AUGUCUUCAAUUAGAUUCCUAUGGAUCCUGAUGGUGUCUUUGAAGGUAUCAUGCGUGUUAAGCCAACCGCAGAAGCUAUCAGCCUACGAUGUUCUGAUGGAGUACGGGUUCCUGGUGGGUCUUCUUCCCAAGGGAGCCAUAGGGUAUUCGCUUAACAGAGACAACGACAAGUUCGUAGUGUAUUUCCAAGGAGCAUGCAGCUUCGACAUAGAGUCCUACACACUCAAGUACAAAUCCACCAUCACGGGUGUCAUCUCAAAGGGCAGGCUCUAUAAUCUCAAAGGUGUCAUCGCCAAAAUCUUGCUCCUUUGGCUCAACAUCACUAAGGUCUCUUGUCAAGGGAACAAUAUUUACUUCUCUAUCGAAAUCACUUCCGUUGAUUUUGGUGUCAAGAAUUUCCUCGAAAGCCCCCAGUGUGGUUGUGGUUUCGAUUGCAAACCACUACCCUUAAACGGUGACGUUUCCGUUUCCUCAAUUUAAUUACAC